UUCUCAGGCGGAAGUGUCUCUUGCGUGCGUGGGCGUGAGGUUGUUGUACGGGGUCAGCCCGGUGGUUCACAAGUCCCAGAGAAUCAGGAUGGAGGCCGUGGCGACUGCGGCGGCGACGAAGGAACCCGACGAGGGCUGCACGGAGCCUAGACCUGGACACUGGGGUGAGCUGAGCCAGACAGCAGUCCCAUCUAAACCCCAGGACAAAGUGGAAGCAGUUGAGGCAACGCCAGUGGCCCUGGACAGUGACACCUCCACGGCUGAAAAUGCAGCAGUGAGUGCCAUGCUGCAUGCUGUGGCUGCCAGCCGCUUGCCUGUGUGCAGCCAGCAGCAGGGUGAACCUGACCUGACAGAGCGUGAGAAAGUAGCCAUCCUGGCCCAGCUGUAUCAUGAGAAGCCAUUGGUGUUCCUGGAGCGCUUCCGCACAGGCCUCCGUGAGGAGCACCUGGCCUGCUUUGGUCAUGUGCGUGGCGACCACCGUGCAGACUUCUACUGUGCUGAGGUGGCCCAGCAGGGCACUGCCCGGCCCCGCACCCUGCGUACCCGCCUCCGUAACCGGCGCUACGCUGCCCUACGAGAGCUGAUCCAAGGGGGUGAGUACUUCAGUGAUGAGCAGAUGCGGUUCCGGGCCCCCCUGCUGUACGAGCAGUACAUCGGGCAGUAUCUCACCCAGGAGGAGCUCAGUGCCCGCACCCCGACCCACCAGCCUCCCAAGCCCGGGUCCCCUGGCAGACCCGCCUGCCCGCUCUCCAACCUGUUGCUCCAAUCCUACGAGGAGCGGGAGCUGCAGCAGCGGCUGCUCCAACAGCAAGAGGAGGAGGAGGCCUGCUUGGAGGAAGAGGAAGAGGAGGAGGACAGUGAUGAGGAAGACCAGAGGUCAGGCAAGGACUCGGAGGCCUGGGUCCCUGACUCAGAGGAGAGGCUGAUCCUGCGAGAAGAGUUCACCAGCCGGAUGCACCAGCGCUUCCUGGAUGGCAAGGACGGGGACUUUGACUACAGCGCAGUAGACGACAACCCCGACUUCGACAACCUGGACAUCGUGGCACGGGAUGAGGAGGAGAGGUACUUCGAUGAGGAGGAGCCUGAAGACGCGCCCAGCCCAGAGCUGGAUGGGGACUGAAGGCCGCCACCCUUCUCACCGCCUGCCCCAUCCUCGACCCCAACAAGGCAGCUGAUUCCAGGCCAGCUCAGUGACCCUUUCUCUAUGGGCAUAUCAAAACAGCACCUACCGACCCAUACAUACCACCAUCUCGCUGGGUCUAGUCUCAUCUCAGGCAAGCCCACCCCCUCUUGUUUCUGGGGUUCCGUACCUUUCUCCUCUCUCCCACUCCGUCUCCUGCCUGUCGUUGCCUGUCUCGGCUUCUUUCUGUUUCUCCCUACCCCCGCUCUCUCUUUCCAGUGCUCUGGCUGGCUGUCUCUCCCUGUCUCCCCUUUUCUCUCUGCCUGAGGCUUCUGUCUCCACCGCAGGGCCCAAGGUGAAAGUCCUCCCCUUGCUGGAUGCCAGCUGGCAGGGCCUUUCAUGGCUGGAAGUGGCCGGUUUGGUUCCAGUGCUGACCCCUGGGCCCUGGCGUGGCCGCCUCCUGUGCGUCUGCCUCCCCCUCUGUUUAUGUCUGCACUCUGUUUCACACUUAGAGCCUCCUCACUUCUGUUAGGUUCCCAUCUCUCCUGUCUCACUCUGGGCCUCUGGUUCUUUCUGCUUGUACAUUUCCACCUCUCUAGGCGUCUGCUGUCACUGUCCCUCUCUAUCUGUCUCUCAGCCUUUAUCUCUGGGUUUCAAUCCCCUGCUCCAGGCUCUGGGCCCCUUCUUUCCCCUUCCCUCAAACCUGGCAGCUGUCGGCUAGGCAGUAUGCUGACCACUGAGUAAUGCAGCCCCAGGGGAGGGAGGAGACCCUGGGGAAGGGAGGCUGGGGGGCAGCUCUCAUCUCUCCCAAGGACCCAGGCUGCGGGUCACGGGGCCUGCCAGCUUGAGUGUAGAGGGAGGGGGGACUCUACCCUCUCAGCCCCACCAGCCCCCCUCUGCCCAACCACAAUUUUCCCUUCCUCCGCCUUCCUCUCCCUCUCCUGUUUACACUCCCCAAAUGUGCACAGGCUGUUAUCAUGGGUCCUGAGUCAUCCCACACGCAGCCUGCCCCAGCAUCCCUGCCCCCAGCUGGCCGCAGGGCCCGCCCCAUGGAGCCCCCUGCCGCCCUGGGCUAAUGGGAGCCAGAUGGCCGCCUGGUGACUCAGCCACAAGCCUGUGGGAACCCAGGCGUCCCGCCUUCCCAUGCCCCCACAGCCAGCUCCUGCUCCCCCAGCAGACACACACACAGAAGGGCCUGGCCACUGUUGGGGUGCACAGGCCAAGGGUCAGCAAGACAGUGCCUGGGGACUCCUCAUGCCUGUGUGAUGGAAAGGUGGUGUCCUGCCGUGGCCAGCCUGAAGGACCCUCAAAACUGCUUCCUGGAGUCCACGGUUCCUGACUUCCAAGCCUCAGCUGUGCCCUCUGGGUCAACCAGAAUUCGAGCCAGACAGGGAAAGUGAGAGCUGGACGGAAGGAGACAGAUGUUCAGACAGAGCAACUACUAAAGAACGAAAGCCUCCACUAUGGAGCGCUUCUGUCCUCUCCAGGCCCGAGCAAUAGCACGGUCAACUGACCCAGUGAAGUGGAUCAGGGGAGGCCUGGAAAGGUGCUUCCUCAAGGCCACUCAGCCUUCAGAGACAGAUGUGACACAUGAACCCAGGCCUAGGGCCACAAAGGUCCUAGAGACCACUGGGCUGUCUGGCUGGUCAGGUGUUGGGGCCAUCCAGAGCCAGACGGCGUUGGAGGGACAACUGCACACGCAGGCGUCCUCAUACAGGAAGGCUGGAGAAGGGUCAGAUGGCGGGCCCAACGCCCCGUGCUGGGUACUGUCCUGCACACAGACAAGAUCGGGUCAUCACGUGGAGAUCAGUCUCCGAAUCACUGAGUUGGCCCAGCUGUGCCAUGCGCUAGGGACUACUGAUAUCACUCCUCUUCACCCAGAGGAGGAAGCGGUUGCCAGGCCCAAGAUAAUUCAGCAGCCAGACUCCAGGACCUCGGGGUCACACCUCUCAGAAAGCCAAGAGUGCAAGAUGAGAGCUGUAUGUCUCUUAGUAUCUGCAUUUGUGCCCUGUUUGUAAGAGCAGAGGGCCUGGGCCACAGGAAAAGUAUCAGCCUUUGGUGAUAGGCACAUUUUUGACCAGUCUGUCAUUUGGUCAUUAAAUUUGUUUAUGCUAUA